ACCGACCGUCGGUCCGGGACGACCUAGCUGUCUACCGGCCGGACAUACGGGCCCAAACGCGGGCUCAUCCAAGCCCGCUACACUAGACGAUACUCCGCAACACGGUAGGUGAAAGUCGUUGGACACUUCCUUCCCCUCUGCCCCAAUUCAUGUUCCCACCGCUGCCAUGGCCCAAACCAUCGUCCUCAUCAGCGGUGCCAACCGCGGCCUCGGACGCGCCUUUCUCGAGACCUUCCUCGCACGGCCGAACCACACCAUCAUCGCGGCAAACCGCGACCCAUCGGCUCCAACAUCCCAGGAACUGCUCCACCUCCGCGCCGCCGCAGGAAGCAAGGUCAUCGUCGUCAAACUCGACGCAACAGUCGAAACCGACGCGGCGGCGGCUGUGUCAGAGCUACAGACAAAGCACGGCAUCGACCACAUCGACACCGUAAUCGCCAACGCGGGCGUCGCCUGGGUGAUACCCACCGUCGCCCAGCUCAAGGUGGCUGACCUCGAGGAGCACAUGCGCACCAAUGUGCACGGCGUCGUUUGGUUGUAUCAGGCUGUGCUGCCGCUUCUGAAGAAAUCGGGAAAACCGGUCUGGGUCAGCAUGGGCUCCCAGUCGGGCUUUCUGACUAACUUCCUGAACUUCCCCAAUGCCGCUUACGGCCCGACAAAGGUCGUUCUGCACUGGUUGACGUGUGCGAUUCAUACUGAGGAGCCGAGUAUCACGGCUUUUGUGGUUGAUCCUGGCCGUGCUCAGACCGACAUGGGCAACCGCGGUGCCCAAGCCGCAGGCAAGCUGCUUGGCAUCCCUGAAAUGACCAAAGCCGAGAUUCCUGUCGACGUCAGUGUUGGCGGGCUCAUCAAGGUUAUUGACGCCGCGACGCGCGAGACUCAUAGCGGCAAGCUGUGGAACUACAAGGGGGAGCAUGUUCCGUGGUGACAUGGGAGAAAAAGGGGGUGCGGGAUCGGUAGCCACGAGUAAGGCGCGGCACUAGCUCUAUAAACUUCAAUA